AAAGCCCCGGAGGUCUGGAGUGGGAGUUUCCCUCUUUCUGCAGUUCACAGAGAAAAUGGAGGCGUCAAAUCCAGGCGAGGCUUCCAUGGAUUUUCCUGAAGAUUUCAGAUGUCCGAUUUCCAUGGAGAUCAUGAAGGAUCCGGUGACUAUAAGCACAGGCGUCACGUACGAGAGGAAGAACAUUUACCGAUGGUUCCACACCUACCGGAAGAAAACCUGUCCGGCGACAAUGCAAGCUGUGGAUGAUUUCGAAAUGACUCCGAAUCAUACGUUGAAGAGGCUGAUAAUCGCUUGGUCUGAUUCGAAGGCGGAUUGCGCGGCGGCGCCGUCGGCCAAGCACGGUGAAUUGGUGGAGAUUUUGAGCGCCAUGGAUACGACGCCGUUUAAGGUGAGUUCGUUGCGGAAAUUGAGGUCGAUUGUGGAGGUUGGGGAUGAAAUUAGGGCGGAUUUUAAGAGAUUAGGAGGCGUGCAGGUUUUGGUGAGGAUUAUUGGUCAGAUUUUGGUUGAGAAUUCGGAUUUCGGAACGUUUAGAGCUUGCGAGGAAGCUUUGGGGAUUCUCGACGCGAUUCCGAUCUCGGAUGAGGAUGAUCCGAUUCUGCAACUGCUUAUGAAUCCUAACUGCGUUAGAUCUAUGGCGGUUAUGCUCCAGCGCGGCGGCGCCGAGGCGAGAUCCUGCACGAUUUCGAUCUUCCUGAAGAUCGCAAAAGCUGAUUACCAUUGGAACUUCGUUGUGCAGGAGCAAGGCGUCGAUUUCUUCAAAUCCUUGCUCGAAAUCGUCUCCGACGAAGUGUGCGCGAAGGCGACCGCCGGCGCUCUGCAACUGCUCGUCGAUAUCCUCGCGGCGUCGAAGAAGUCGCGGCUGAAGGCGAUCGAAGCCGGCGCGAUCUGCACGCUGAUCGAGCUUCUGCCGGAUUCGAACAGUAGAGCGAGAUCGGAGCGGGUAAUGCUGUUGAUCAAAUUGUUGUGCGAGUGUGCUGAGGGAAGAUUGGCGUUCACGGAGCACGAGCUCGGGAUUCCUGCGGUGGCGAAGAAGAUGUUCGAUGUAUCGGCGACGGCGACGAAAAUUGCGGUAAAAAUCGUUUGGUUGAUUUCUAGUUUUCACCCGACGGAGAAGGUUCUGGAGGAGCUUCUGGCGUGCGGCGCCGUGAAGAAGCUGGUGGCGCUGCUGCAUAUCGGCGGCGGCGGCGGCGGAGGACAGUCGAGGACGAAGGAGAGAGUGGUGAAGGUGUUGAAGUUGCACAGCCGUACGUGGCGGCGCCACCCCUGCUUUCCCGGCGAAGUCAGGGAUUACUUGGGAUUGGGAAAUGAUACUUGGGAAAAUUAAAUAAAUAAAUAAAUAAAAUAAAAAUAAAUUAUAAGGAAAAAGCGAUAAACAUGUAAUUAAAUUGUGACAGAUUUUUUCUUUUUUUUUUGAAUUAUUAUUAUCUCUACUAAACAAAAGUGAUUCUUUGUUUU